GUCUGAGGGAGACUCCUUAGUGAAAACUGACACAGUGAGAAAGGCUUUGAGUGUUUUUCUCAACCCUGCAAACUGAAGUUAUUUGGUCCUCUGUUGUCAGAGGUUUUUCUGGGAAGUGCGACCUCCACCUUCCCCACCCUGUUUGAGCUUGUGCUGCCUUCGGACUGCGGAGCAGAGACGGGAGCUGCAGUUGGAAGCCUGGCUGAGGAGAAACCUGCCAAACUCAGAGUCAUCAGGAUUUCAUCAGAUCACUUAGGCCGACCUCCGAUGAUGAAGCUGCUGUCAGUCCUCCUCCUCCUCCUGGUUCCUCUGCUGAGCAGCUGUGCUCCUCUCCUCCUCCCUCUGGACUGCAGCGACGUCUACAGCCAAGACAGCAGCCGACCCAGCGGCGUGUACACCAUCUAUCCCAUCGGAGCCACGUCUGCUGUCCUGGUGUACUGUCACAUGGACUCACAAGAACAGUGGACAGUGUUCCAGAGGAGGUUGGACGGCUCGGUGAACUUCUACAGACCCUGGGAUCAGUACAAGACGGGCUUUGGUAACGCUGCUGGGGAGUACUGGCUCGGUCUGGAGAAUCUUUUCCACCUGACCCAGAGAAAAAGGUACGAGCUGCUGGUCGACAUGGAGGAUUUUAAUGGAAACAAGGUGUUUGCUCGUUACUCCUCGCUCUCCAUCGAUGGAGAGUCUGAUGGCUACAGGCUACAUGUGUCUGGAUUCACUGAUGGAGGGGCAGGAGACAGUCUGAGUGCUCACAACGGAAAGAAGUUCAGCACGUUUGACGAAGACCAGGACAGCUCGUCAGGGAACUGUGCCAAAACAUAUCUGGGUGCGUUCUGGUACAACAACUGUCACUUUGCAAACCCUAACGGGGUUUAUCGUUGGGGGGCUGAUGGGACUAUCCAUGGUGUUGGUGUGGAGUGGAAACAAUGGAAGGGUUUUGACUACUCCCUGAAGACCAUCAGCAUGAAGAUCCGUCCUGUGCAGUAAAUCUCUCUCUUUCUUGUAAUCUCAGAGAAUCUUUAACUUUCAGAAUCAGUAGAUGACAUGAAUGUUUCAGAGCAGCAGUCAGACUGUGAGUGUGUGGAAAAGUCUCACUAAAUUUGUGAAACUCUGAUACCUGAUAUGAAUCAUUAUCAGAUGCAUGCUGAUAAUAAAUGAGAAU